CAUGAACACCAUCGUCUUCAACAAGCUCAGCGGCGCCGUGCUUUUUGAAGACCGCGGCGCUCCGGAGCGGGAGCGGGGCGGCCGGCCCUACGGCGGCGUCCUGGACAAUCCCCACGCCCGCCCCGAGGUGGGCAUUCCGGACGGCCCGCCCCUCAAGGACAACCUGGGCCUGCGACACAGGAGGACCGGGGCCCGGCAGAACGGCGGGAAGGUGAGGCACAAGCGGCAGGCCCUACAAGACAUGGCGCGGCCACUGAAGCAGUGGCUUUACAAGCACCGUGACAACCCGUACCCCACCAAGACGGAGAAGAUACUCUUGGCGCUUGGCUCGCAGAUGACGCUAGUGCAGGUGUCAAAUUGGUUUGCUAAUGCCAGACGUCGGCUUAAGAAUACCGUUCGACAGCCAGAUUUAAGCUGGGCCUUGAGGAUAAAGUUGUACAACAAGUAUGUUCAAGGAAACGCUGAGCGGCUCAGCGUGAGCAGUGAUGACUCAUGUUCCGAAGAUGGAGAAAAUCCUCCACGAAACCACAUGAAUGAAGGGGGCUAUAAUAAUCCUGUCCACCAUCCUGUGAUCAAAAGCGAGAGCUCAGUCAUAAAAGCUGGAGUGAGGCCAGAGUCACGGGCCAACGAGGACUACGUUUCCCCCCCAAAAUACAAGAGCAGCUUGUUGAACCGUUACCUUAACGACUCUUUGAGACAUGUCAUGGUCACAGACGCUGCCAUCAUGGGAAAGACGAGGCAAAGGAACCACUCGGGAUCUUUUAGUUCCAACGAAUUCGAGGAGGAAUUGGUGUCUCCCUCAUCGUCAGAAACUGAAGGCAACUUUGUCUAUCGCACGGACACUCUGGAAAACGGAUCCAAUAAGGGUGACAGUGCAGCUAACAGAAGGGGGCCGAACAAGGAUGACACAUACUGGAGGGAGAUCAACGCAGCGAUGGCCCUGACAAAUCUCGCCCAGGGAAAGGACCAGCUGCAGGGGACCACCAGCUGCAUCAUCCAGAAGUCGUCCCACAUAGCAGAAGUAAAGACAGUCAAGGUGCCCUUGGCUCAGCAGUUCUAAGAGCCAGUCGCUCUUCAGGUUGAAGGCUGUCCUUUGCCUCAGUGUUUUUCUCAUAAACCUCUCAUCCUAAGAGCCAGAGUGGGAGUGAAAACGACUCCCUUUCAAAACUCUUCUCAUUUUUUAAUCAUCCUAAGUAUAUCAUUUAGUUGCUUCUAUAAAAGACACAUAAAUUAUAAAACCUCACUGUAGUCAAAAAUAUUAACUUAUUUUAUGUUACUCCCAAGUAUGCAUAAAAUGUCCGCCUUGCCAUUACAGUAAGUGCCUUGCUUUCCCGAAACUAAGCUACAACGUGGGCGUAGUGGAGCAGCUAUGCCUCAAAAUGACAACGCCACAAUGCUUAUUAGACUGUGUGUACCAUUCCAGAUGGACCUGCCCGUGCCAGGACUGAAACCAUCAUUGCUGAAAGCCCUUGAAAUGUGUUCAGUAAUUCACAUGUUAAAACUUGGAAAACUAUUCAGCCCGAAUGAAGUGUUCCUUUAAAGAGAAAAAAAAAAAAAAAACAAAAAAAAACUAAACCUUCUGCACUGUGUAAAACUUGUUCAGUGUGCUUUGCAGAGUGACAGUGAGAAUUUUAUGCAUGUAUCUUCCCUGCCUAUCUGGUAGGUUACAAACUUCCAAAAUGGAAGGUCUGGGGAUCACACUGUAUACCUUUAAGAAAAGCGGCAACGAUUGUGAUCAGGAAAAAAAAGUUUUUAAGCCCUGCUGGAAGGCACCACAAUGCCCUUUAGGAUUGAUC